AUGGCCGAAAAGCUGAGAAAGCCAAAAUAUUCAGCUACACGUCGACUUCAAUUGAAGUCUAAGCUGCUGAAGAAGGCAGCUUCUCUGCUGGUAGCUGAAAUUGAAGAGAAGAAACGUGAGAGAGAAAGGACAAUGAAUGAAAGCAACCCUCCACUGAAGAUGUCAGGUCUGUCAACCCAGGAACUCCAGGAUCUUUGCAAAGAACUACAUCGGAAGAUAGACGUUGUAGAUGAUGUACGUUAUGAUAUGGAGGUUAAGGCAUCCAAAAAUGAAAAAGAGAUCCAGACACUGGCGCAGAAGAUGACUGAGCUAAAGGGGGGAAAGAGGCCUACCUUAAAGAGGGUGAAGAAAACAACAGACGAUAUGCUGGGCACCGACGCCAAAUUCAUGUCUUCCAAGGCUGAUUUCAAGGCCAACCUCAAGACAGUGAAGAAAGAGGAAGAAAAGAGGGAAGAGGUGACUGACUGGCGUAAGAACGUGGAGGCCAUGUCUGGUAUGGAGGGCAGGAAGAAGCUGUUUGAUGCUGGACAAUAAGAAGGUGCUCGUGUGAAAAAAGGACACAAGCACUCUGGGACACAAAACCCUGAGGUUGCAAAUACAGUGUAUGUCUUUUCUAGGUCCAGGUUUGUUGUGUCCAUCACUUCCUUUUGUUAAUCUUUAUUGUUCACUGUCCAACUCUCACAAGUUCUCCAUAACAAGAGAAAACUAAGCAGGUGUUGUGGAGAAUGAUGUCAACGCUUGCUACUUUUA